AUGUGCGAGACUCGGUGCGAGAGUGGGCCCGGCUCCACCUGGUCUGAGGCACCUGCACUAUUCUUUUCGCAAGUUACAGAUGGGCCGCCGGUGAGCUUGCUCACCCUAUGCGGCACCUGCGCCACCGCCGUCGGUGGGGACAUGCAGGCCACGUCGCAGCAGGUCCUCCAGCGUUGCCACCACACACCGGUGAUUCGCUAUCGUACUGUCGCCUACGUCAACGUAGUCCGCGAGUACAAGCUGCUACUAGAGCUGAUGGCCGGCAAGGUGGUCCGUUCCUGUGAGCGUAUGCAGUCGAUGCAGGCGUCUGUGGCACGACAGCAGCAGCAGCAGCAACGGCAGCACGCCUACGGUUCAGCAGAGGAGCAGCAGAGUUACAUGGACCCUGCCAUCAGCGUUUCUCGUGUCUCUCUCACGUCCCUCUGUCCAUCUCUACAAGAGAAGGUGUUGAGUCAGCUGCUGGAGGCACUGGAGGACUUACUCCAGCGCGACAGGCGCGCUGUGCGGCUCGCGGCAGGUCAGACGCCUCUAUCACAGGAGAGGUCGUUGCUGCCGUUGUCCGAGGCAAUGGCACCGCGGGAGCGCCACGUGCUUCUCGAAGAGCUGGCCCACGUGGAGCGGCAGCUGAUGAACGUGAGGUCUUCGGCCACGGCAGCGAUGGUCACGCCAGCGAGGCCUGGCCUCUCGCCACAGCCACUGCGGGAUAGGCACCUGUAUGAUGUCCCGUCUGCGAACCGGACACACCCCCGUGGAAGGGCAAAUGCCGAUGAUGGAGGGGUGGUAUACUCGCCUCGCUCUCCCGUGCAGCCACAUCAGUCGUCUCAGAGGUCGUCGGCGUCUCCAUACGGCCGCGUUGUGGAGGAGGCUGCGGGCCGCUUGGCUUCUGUGGCUGACCCCCGUCGGUAUUUCCAACACUGCCACGCCCUGAUGCCAGGCACCUCGAAGGUCGCACAAAUGAGGAGUUAUCCUGAUACCUCCGGCCGAGCGCCGCGCCCGUCACAGAGCAGGGAAAGCUCGCCACCCGAACUAACGUCGCCUCAGCGUGGCACGUACGGUGGGAGCGCCUCCAAUACUGCUGGUCAUGACGAUGGUGAUAACGUUGUCUCUGGCAACCACAUCAGAGCAAGCGGCGGCAUUGCCGUGGUUGGCGCUCCGCCGUCUGCAGCGAUCACAACAACAGCACCGUUUCCCUUCUCUCCUGCACCGCGACAGGUGCAAGACACUAGCGGCAACUAUCACUCUGGAGUUGGCAGUGCUUCUCGAGCAGAUUGCACUCGUGACGUGCAACACACGAGGCUUCCCAGUCAGGAUGGGACACACCGUCGAGGUGCCGUUCCUGCAGUACAGUCUCAACCUCCGUUGGAUCAAGAAGCCCGUCGCUCGCUGCAGGCUUUGAUUGGCACAGCCAUGUGGGAGGCAUACCGUCGACCCCCACCCGCAGAGGGUGAGUCGCGGGAGCCUGCAACUCACAGCAGCGAGGAGGUCGGAGCAGGCUAUAAUCCUGGUAGGUGCCGCCGCCAUGGGGCCGUUGGCAACGACAUCGGGAACCCCAACAGCGACUCGGACCUACAGCUUUGGGACUACUUCGCCGGCCGACUCUCCACGACGCCGGCACUGCCUGUUGGUUGCGGUGGCGGUGGUACUUACCGAACCCCACCCUCAAUGUCUCCGUCACCAGCCUUCCACCUGCUGACAUGCGAAGACCGCGGGUCAGUAGUGCCACUACGGCAGCAGACCGACGCGACGUCACAAGCGCAAGAUGAAACGGUGGCGGCGGGUGUUUUUGAUAGUCCACAUAGCGACCUCAGCAGCCAUGACAUCGCCGCGCUUCAGCGUCGCGUUCUCCACGAGCGGCAGCUGCGUCAGGAGGCUAAGGAAGCCAUGCUCAGCGCGCACACUCGCAUCGCAGCACUGGAGAUGACUACAAACGACAUGGCAGAGAUGCUACUGACUCACCGACUCUCCGUGACGUUCCGCGCGCACCUGGAGGGGAUGGAAAUGCUGGUGGGGCGCUGGACACGACUUGCACAGAAUUUCUGUCUGCAGAAGAGUCUCCUGUUUGCCGAGGAGGCGUCGGUGAUGGUGCGGCAGUUGCUACGCAAGCAGUUUGGUGUGAAAUCACUAUGGUCGCCGCGGACGCCCCAGCAGCAGUCAGGCUGGCGUCCGACUUCACCAUGCGUCGAAGCCCGCCCAUCACGUGAUGAGCGACAGGAGGACGAGCUAUGGGUGAGUCGAGAGGAAGACAAGGCCAGCGGCACCGUGCGAGACAGCAGUUUCUGGCGAAGGUCUGACGGGGGCCACCACAGUGCUGCUGCUGCUGUGAUGGGCGACCACUCGCUGAAGUUGACUGGGGAAGAGGAGGAGGUGCAUCAUCGUCAUAGCUUCCAUGCCAAUCACCCAUCAGCAUGUUCGUUGCCAGAGCGGCAGCCAUUGCACCAGUCGCCACCAAGCAGCACACCGGCUUCCACAUCGUUUUCCUUCCCGACAACUCUCCAGCUGCAGCCACUGUCGUUGCGUUUGUGA